GUUCUUUUCAAAAAGGCGAGAGGGAGAGGGAGAGGAAAGGCUGUGACAGGACCAUGGUAUAGCUGUCCAAGCUUCUCCUUUGAUUUUAUCUUAUCGUCGCCAUGGCCGCCAAGCUUGUUUAUGUUCUCUUGUGCUUUAUUGCACAACUUCACCUCUCUCUCGCGGGAGAAGGCAACUCUUUAGAGUCCGUUCCAGAUCUUGAGUCGUCAAUGUAUUUAAGUAUAGAUGGAUAUCCUUGUGUGCGAUUGCUGAACCUUUCUGGUGAAAUUGGUUGUGCAAAUCCUGGACGUGGAAAGGUUGUUGCUCCAAUCAUAAGAUUCAAGAAUGAGACUGUGUUGGCUGAUUCAUCUGCCAUUUUGGUGUCUAUAGAUGACAUGCAAAAUUUCUUUACCAGGGUGUCAAAUGAUAUAAAUUUUGCUGAGAAAGUAGGUGGUGUUCUAGUUGAAUCGGGGGCUGUAAUCCAAGGAUUCUCACCUGUUGAAAAUUUUCCUCAAGCCAAGUUUGCUCCGUACACGAGCCUCAAUUAUGAAUGGAAUCCUGUUGGAUCUGGAAUUAUGUUGAAGCGCUAUGAUUUUCCUGUGUUCUUGCUGUCACAGGAUUCCACACCUGUCCUGGAAGAGAUGGCCAUUAAAAAUCAGAAGAAUGAGAAAGCAUAUGCUGUAAAUGUGGCCGAGUUUGAUCUGGUGAUGCAGACAACAAAGGUUGGAACUCACAACUCAGAAUCUUGUCUGAAAGAACAGUCUUGUCUGCCUUUGGGUGGGUACAGUGUGUGGUCUUCACUUCCACCAAUUAAUAUUUCAACCUCAAAGCAACCAAAGCCCAUCUUAUUGACAGUAGCAUCUAUGGAUUCUGCAUCAUUUUUCCGUGACAAAAGUUUUGGUGCAGAUUCACCUCUAUCAGGAAUGAUUGCAUUGCUUGCUGCAGUUGAUGCGCUUUCCCGUAUUGAUGGAAUAAAUGCGCUUAGCAAGCAGCUUGUUUUUAUGGUUUUCACUGGAGAAGCCUGGGGUUAUCUUGGUAGCAGGAGAUUUUUAGCUGAACUUGAAAUGCACACAGAUGCCGUUAAUGGCCUUAACGACACAUUGAUCGAGCUGGUCUUGGAAAUUGGAUCUGUGGGCAAAGGCUUCAGUGAAGAAGUUAAUUCCUUUUUCACUCAUACAGCUGGGGAUUCAUCCAUGUUAAACGAAACAUUGAAUGCCUUCCAACUGGCUCGCGGUUCACUUGCUUCCAAGAGCAUUACUAUCUCGACAGCAAAUAGUUCAAAUCCUGGGAUACCUCCAUCAUCAUUGAUGGCAUUUUUGAGAAAGAACUUGUCAGCAGCUGGGGUUGUCCUGGAAGACUUUGACACUGCUUUCAUCAACAAAUUCUACCACAGCCACCUUGAUGAUCUUUCAAAUAUCAACUCCUCUGCAAUAGUAGCAGCUGCUUCUGUUGUUGCUCGUACUCUUUACAUUCUUGCAAGUGAUGACAAAGAUUUAGCCACUUCAGUUCUUAGUUCUAUAAAUGUGAACUCCUCCUUGAUUGAGGAAUUGCUGGGGUGCCUGUUGACCUGUGAACCAGGGUUGUCAUGUGGACUGGUUAAUGAUUAUAUUACCCCUACCAGUACCUGCCCGAACUACUAUGUUGGUGUGCUCCUGGGCGAGCCUUCCUCCAUGCCCUAUCGUGAAUAUGCUGGUGACAUAUCUCGCUUCCUGUGGAAUUUUCUAGCUGAAAGAACCUCUACUCCACUUGAGAAUACAAGUUCCACUUGCUCGUCAGAUUGCAACAAUGUGGGUGAAGUGUGUAUAAAAGCAGAAACAGCUGGAAUGGGUGUUUGUGUUAUCUCUACUACCAGAUAUGUCCCAGCAUACUCAACUCGGUUGAAGUUUGACUCUGGAAUGUGGAAGCUUCUGCCCCUGAACUCUUCUGAUGACAUGGAGAUGGUGGAUCCCGUAUGGACAGAGAGCUUUUGGAAUGUGAUUGGACUCCGUGUUUAUGCAGUCCAGAGUGCAACUUAUGAUGGCAUUGUGCUUCUUGCUGGGAUUGCUGUAACGGUUUUUGCUUACAUUGCAAUAGUUGCCACCAGAGCUUAUAUAACUAAAGCACUUAAGCAGGAGUGAAGGUAAAGUUUUAUGAGAGAAAUAUUGGAACUUAAAAGAGUUUCACAGGAGAAAUUCUUCGUACAGUACCAGAGGUCCAGGCUCAUAUGUCAGACUGAAGUUUGAAAAAUUUUGUAACAUUGUGGCCCCAUUUACCACUAACAAAAAAUGUAUUCUUAUAAUCUUACAAUUACAACUUGUUUGGUUGUUUCUUU